AAUGAUCGUUGGUCGAUCUUGGAAAUAACACAAUUACGAAUUGUCAUUUAACUGUGUGAAUGAUGUACCUACAAAGAACGUGUCUCUGGCGAUGUCUUACCCUUUGGAGUUGAGAGGUCAGACGGCUGUCGCUUCCAUAAGGACCGUAAGUAAAGGUUAUAACUUACAUACCAAAGUUUAGCAAACUAGGUUUAAAGUGAGAGAGCUGAAGAUACUGGUAACUCAAUCAAAUGAUUAACCAUUAGGUACAGUCAUAAGAUAUAUCGGAGCGGCCGAGGUGCUCAAAAAUAUCUGAACAGGCGUGUUCAGAUAUUGUGAUUAUUGUGAGCACCUUGGCAGCUGCGAUAUAUCUCAUGGCGAUUGUAUAUGACACACAGGCGGCCAGGCAUGGUCGAACAGGAAUAGGAUGGAAGAUUAAUUUUAAUUCCUUGGCACAGUAUUCAGGUUUCCUCAGGGUGUUUUCCUUAACCAGCAAGUGGUAUAGGUAUUUGAAUAAAAUGUCCGUAUAGUUCCAAGUAUUGAGGACUGUCUAAUUAAAUCUAAUGAGUAAUGAGUUACGUACCAUCGGCAACAUAAGAACAAUUAACUAAGCAUUUGUAAACCUUAUUGAAAAGAUAUAAGGUACAAUGUUCAAUUAAACUGUAGUUAGUGGUGUGACGGAGUCGUAUAGGUAAAGCGGUCAAUGUAUUCGUGGAUGGUACCUAUAUUAUUGAAGGUAUGAUUCUGAAUUACUAGACUUUGAAGUAGUAUAAGUGGCCGUAUUACAUAGGUGACUGGAACACAUUCCCGAAUCAAAUAAUUUCCAAGGAAAAUCAAACAUAACUUCCGAGAAUUAAUGCAAUUGAGUCAGAUUCUUGGCUACGAGUUGUGAGAAAACUGCAGUAUAUUAGUUACAAUCCUGUGUCACUGUCGACAUAUUCAUGUUUUCUACGAAAACUACACAAUCAGUAACCUAUAGGUACAGUCGUCAGUCAUCAUCACCCAUCAGAUAAUAUCGGAGCUGCCGAGUUGCUCAAAAAUAUCUGCGCCUUGACAAUAAAGGCGUGUUCAGAUAUAUGUGAGCACCUUGGCCGCUCCGGUAUAUAUGAUGGCAACUGUACAGUUUCUUGUGAUACAUUUUUGUGAUUAUAUUCGCAAACUUCUGCAAGUUUGCGGACUUUGCGGUUUGUAUGUACUAGAGAAAAGAAGACGGAAAUUGCAAUUCUGCUGCUUUCCUGCGAUAUAAUACUUGGAUAUAGGUAUUAAUUGAUACUCAGGUAUUAGGUACCUAACAUACCUAGAAAUUUUUGUCAGUUAAUGUUUGCAGCUGGCGGUUCUAUUGGUACGGAUAUUAAAAGCGACAUUGAAUAAAGUAAAUAUCCGACAUAUGUUUCAACUGACUACUAACUAUUAGGUGCUAUAAUGCGAUACUAAAUUGGUUUGACGUUACACAUACAUAUAGGUCCCAUGAAUAGGCUGAUUUCUAUUUUAACUGUUGAAUAAGCUGUAAAUUUAGCUGGAAUUUGAUAGCUUCCACUAUUGCAGUUUGAAUUCAGCCAUGCAACAUUCUAGCUUGCAUUGUUUACUUUAUAGCUGCGAAUUACUUAAACCCUCACGGGACCACACACUACCGCGCUCAGAAUUACCGCCAUAUGUGCAUUUGAAAACUCUUUCGCUCCCACCACCCGGGGCUCUAGAGAAGACCACUGCUGUGGUAUUUAUUACCAAAGCAUAUGCUGAGUGGUGUCUUUUUGUCGCCACUAUAGCAGCGCCAAUAUUUCUUUUAUAGUUAGUUACUCCUUUUCUAUUGCUGUCGUGCUAUCUAUUUUUAGUUUUAAGUGUCUAGUGAGCAAGUUCUUUUUUGUAACUAAAGUGGCGCUGUAUGUAGGUUUUUACAAUAAAUAUAUUUUUAUUCUAUUCUUAUUCAUUCAGUUGUAUACCAUUGUUCCCAUGUAAUAAAGUACAAAAUAGGUGGAUAUGGUUAGCACGCAGCACCAAUUAUAAUGCAAGGUGAGAGAUAGAUGGGUAGUAAUGUUUAUGUUAUCGAUCUAAGAAUAUGGAGCAGGCUCUUUUGUUUUAGCAUCAUCUUUUUAGGGUUCCGUACCAAAAGGGUAAUCUGUCUGUCUGUCGCAUCGCUGACUAUCUCUGGAACUACUUAUUUUACAUGGCCGGAUGCACAUCGCAUAGGCCGAUUUGCCCAUCCCAUAGGGCAAUCCGGAGACCAUUUGGUAUUUUUUACAUACCAUGCUAGAAACUGAAUGUCUCACUGACGUGUCGCUUUAUACCUAAGUUCGAAAUAUCUUUUCUAAUAUGGUAUGCCACUAAAAUUUUCACGGACUGACGGACAGGUUAAUUUAAUCUAAACUGGAAGAGAUUAAUAUAAUACUCCUAAUCUUAAAAUGUUUUUUCAGACACUUAAAAACCACCGAGAUCUUAGGUUCAGUUUUACUUUCGUUUUAUACGAGUACAUGGGAAGCCAUAAUUCUUAAGAUAAUGUUAAAAUAUUUCUUCACAAAAUAUAAAAUGACUGUACAUUUUUCGCACUUACGCUGCUAUAGCAUUCCGGAUUGUUUCCUUAGAUUAAUGGGUUACCUCAUAACCAUCAUUCCACACUUAUUUAUAAAUAGAUGUGAUUUAACACAUAUUAUUGGAGCGGCUUAGGAAAUCUUAUCGAAUAUUGCCUAACCGAAUGUUAUAAUCGUGUAACAUCGCGAACUUUACAACAUCGAAUGAAUUGGCUGUCGAAACAGUCAAAAUAUUGGGGACUCUUGCAUUAUAUUGGGCGCCAUUAAGUAUGUAGGGAAUUUGAUAUAAAUAGUAUCACGGGCAGACGAUACCGAGACAUGCGACAUUCAUUAAACACAAAACUAUUUGUUACUAUAACUAAAAACUAAUAAAAGUGAUUUUUUAUAUUUUUUAAAUGUUUUCGUUGUAGGUUUAUUUCAGACCUGCUGAUAGACAAUUAUAAAUCUCAGUUCUAGACAGUUGAAAGCAUUACGAUUUUUCGCAAACACUGCUGAAAGGGAAUAGGUUGAUUUUAAGAAAAGACAAUAAACAGAAGUAGGUCUUUCCCGAAAUAUGAUAAUAUUGGCUCGGCAUGCGCGAGAGAUGAAAGCUUCAGUAUUAACACAGGCGCGCUUCGAUCAGUCGCGAGAUGACGUCCAGAAACGCGCCAAAGAAAAAAAGAAAGUCGUUUAAAGAUAAGGUAUUCCGUCAAGGCAGUGCGCGAUGGUGCGUGGGCGUGGACCAGGUGACAGAGGACUCGGACGACUUGGAGGCUGGCUACAUUUCUAGCGAUGAGUCAGCGAGGGGCAUAGAUCUGGGCGAGAGGAUAAGGGUCAAACCCAGUAGGGACAUCUGGCCUAUAGAGAGAAUACAGUACGUGUUACGACAACUCCCACAUGCUGACACAUUAUACGCUCUCAUUGAAGUAGGGCAGUACGACCAAGUGUUGGAAUUAGCGUCGCAGCCUGAGGAGAGGAAGACGGCCGCGUUGUGGACGUGCUGGUUGGGGCGGAGCUCCCUGCUGGCGAGGUUGCUGAAGAUCGGAAUCGAUCCGAACUGGGCUGAUGAUGAUGGCAGGACCUGUCUACAUUUGAGCUGUUUAGUGGCCAGUGAAGAAUGUGUUCAACUAUUGCUGGAACACCACGCAGACCCUAACAGAUGGGACUGUUUUGACGAUGGAAAAGCUACACCACUACAUUGUGCAGCGAGUGCAAAAAGUUUGGCUUGUGUUAAGAUUUUAUUGGAAAACGGAGCCGACGUAAACGCAGGCCUAAGUGAUCGAUCGCCACUACACUACGCAGUACUGAGUGACGCACCGGACGUGGUCGGCUUGUUGUUGGAAGCCGGCGCCUGUCCUGACACUCCACAGGUAUUCACAGAAACACCACUCCACGUAGCAGCGUCACUAGGCUCCGCCAAAUGCAUGAAGCUACUCCUAGAUGCAGGAGCCGAUGUGAGAGCAGCGUUUGGACAGAUGAGAUCUACAGCGUUACACCUCGCAGCUGAAGACGGGCAUGCAGAGUGUGCUAGGUUACUGCUGGAUCAUAAUGCGAGGAUUGACUGUCCUAAUUAUAGAGAGCAAACACCGCUUCAUUUAGCUGCCUUAGCUCAAUCUGUAGAGGUGGUCGAACUCCUAGUCGGUCGGCGAGCCGAUGUCAACGCCAAAGACGUGGACGGCCGAACGCCCCUCCACGGCUCCAUCGUCAGAGGCGCUAGGGCGUGCGACGUGGCGAGGGUAUUACUGACGUUCGGUGCGGACCCAAACGCGCCGGACGAGUUUGGAUACACUCCGCUACAUAUAGCGGCGUUGAAUGAGUUUUCGGCGUGUGUGUUGUUGUUAUUAGACUACGGAGGCGAUCUAACCCUUCGCACAAACGGUGGCGUAUCCGCCCUAUCCUUCGUCGUGCGCCGCGUUCCGGAUGUCGUACCCCGCUACCUGUGCAAGUUCGACGACGCUGUUCACAUGAGCGAGCACGAAUUAGGAGAUGUAGACUGCGAGCUGACUAUUGACUUUAGGCCUCUCGUGCCGAAUUUGAGCCGCGGAGAGGCCGAGUUGCUGCUGGCGUUUAUUGAGGUGGGCCGUAAAGAUGUCCUCAAGCAUCCGGUAGCCGAGACGUUCCUGUUCCUCAAAUGGAGAAGGAUAAGAAAGUUUUUCGUUCUAAGCUUCCUUUGUCAUGCCUUGUUCAUCACUAUGUACAGCGUUUAUAUACUUCUAAUUUACCUCUGCGAAGAAGUGACUUGCGACGUAUCGUCGUCUCUCAGCCCGCUACAAUACCUAAUAAUAUUACUAAACCUAGGCUUCUUAUGCAAGGAGAUCUUCCAAGCAUGCUUGGAUUGGAACGCGUAUAUUCGCCAAUGGGAGAACUGGUUGCAAUCUACCAUUGUGUUGGGAGUUUUCUUAAGCACUAUACCCAUAUGGGAGAAAACGGGGACAUCGCAACUCCACACGUCAGAUUGGCAGCACGACGUCGCCGCCGUAACGAUAUUCUUUUGUUGGUUGGAGUUAAUGAUGAUCAUUGGCCGAUUCCCAACUUUCGGCCUUUAUGUUCAGAUGUUUACGACCGUGACCGUAAACUUCGCAAUGUUCCUAAUGGCGUACAGCUGUCUCUUAAUCGCCUUCGGUCUGGCCUUCAGCGUGCUAUUCAGCAACUACCCAGCGUUCCAACUACCAGCAGGCUUAGUAAAGACCGUCAUGAUGAUGUCAGGAGAGCUGGAGUAUGAGGAUAUAUUCUAUAAUAACUGUACGAACUCGCAGAUACAGUAUCCGCUCACGGCGCAUGGAAUGUUUCUGAUUUUUGUGCUACUUGUGACCGUUAUUUUGACUAAUCUGUUGGUUGGUUUGGCGGUCAGUGAUAUACAGGCUUUACAAGUAUCCGCCGGUUUAGAUCGACUAGUGCGCACGACGCAACUGGUGGGCUACCUCGAGAGUAUGCUAUUCAGUUCGCUGCUCUCAUGGGCGCCAAAGCAAUUAAUACUGCUUUUGCGGUUUGGGGCCUUACUCACGGCCUCGCAGUAUACGAGGACGUUGAAUAUAAGGCCUAAUGAUCCUCGAGAGAGUAGAAUUCCAAAGGAACUAAUAUCAUCAAUUUACAAAAUGGUCGCCAGCCGUAAAGUCACCAAGCGGAGCAUACGGAAAAACAACAACUACGAAUGUCGAAUAAAAUGCAAAGAGGAGAUGGAAACAGAAAAACCUCAGCAGUUCAACAAAAGAAAAAGCAACCUCUAUGACAGAUAUUCAUCCGAGGGACAGAACGUAGAAAGAAGAAAAAGAACAACUUCUAGUUCAGAUAAUAGAAAUAGGCCCAUGUCAAUGAAUAUAGGUGCAAUACAGGAAAUAUGUAUGGUUGAUAUAAAAACUCAGUUGGCCGAGUUGACCAAGAAAAUUAAUAAGUUGGUUGAAACUACAGAUUUCAGAUUAAGUACAAUUGAGAAGAGAUUAGAUGAUAAGGAUUAUUCAACACCCUAAAAAAAUGUUUGUAUAAUAAUUAAUAAUUUGAUAUUCAUUGUGUUCUAUUCAUUUGGAUUACUCAGAGUGAGUUAUAGACUAUCUAGUCAUAGACGCAGAUAACCAUAUAAUAAGGCCAGCACUUUAAUUGUUAUUGUGCUAAUAGGAAAUCACAGUAUACUACUAUUAUAUACAUAGUAUACAUUAUUUUCUUGCAAAAUACAAUUUUGACUUAUUAUUUGCGUUAAGUUAGUUAUCUCGUAAUAGUAAUUGAUAUUUCUUACUACUUAUUUGAAUAAAAUUUGUUUUUUACAA